AUGUCAGUGUCAAGUUUUUUAUCGUCGUUCGCCGAUAAGGCUCAGAGUGCCAUCAAUCAAACCCCUCUUGCCGGCCAUGUCCCCGGCAUUACCAACGCCACCGACCAACCAUCUGCCAAUCAAUCCGCAGCUCAGGGCGGCCAUCGCUCAGUGACAUUGGAGGCAUUGCAGCAUCAAAUUCGCUCAAUUGGACAACAAUAUACUACCACCACUCCAGUGCAAAGAAUCAUCACGUCUGAAAAGGGUGUUGCAAUCGAUUGCGAUGCCCUCGCUAGGGAUGCGAAGGUGCAAAGCAAGGAAUUGUACACGUGGGGUCAGACACAGCCAGAGGAUCUCAAGGACGUAACGGACAGAUUGGCCUACUUGAACUUUGUUCAGGGAUCUCUUGCAUCAUCGGUUGCGAUCAAGCUCAAUAAUGCACGAGCGCCUUUUAAAGCUCUUCGCGAUGCUGAGGCUGUCCUCGCCCCAAAGCGCAACUUUCGUGCUGGAUUGCGUACCCAGAUUUCUCGUAUCGAGCAUAGUCAGGACAAGGCUAUGGAGCGGAAGCUUCCUGAACUUAAACAGACACUCGCCAAGGCUGAACUUGUCGACGAGCCCCUUGAAAAGGAGCUUGAGAUUUUGAAGCGGAAGGCAGUUCGUGAGAGCGAAGCGCAGAAGUGGGACGCUAUGCGAGAGUUUGGGGAAAAACUGGUCCUAUUGUCGCAGGCUUCCAAGCCUAUCAUUGCUGCCCUGCCACCUAUUCCCCCUUCACCUUCGAGCCCUUACACAGGAGCUCAGGAAACAGGUACUGCUCGUGCUGCGCUUCAGCACGCACUGGAUAAUUAUACUCCCGGGAGCACAUACUUCGUCGCACAGUCUGGCGCAAAUCUCUCACGGGCUGACACCCAAUCAUUUGGGGAGAGUCACGCUUCGGAACUGAACAGUCUCGCCAAUCCUGGAGCAAACGCUGGUCAUCCAGGUGUGCCUAUCACACCUCCACCUCAAGCCUCCUAUGCGUCAGACGCAGAAAAGUCAAGAGACGCGUCGCACUCUCCUCCUAUUGACCCAAGGACACUCAAUUUAUCUCCUACACCAAUUCCGGAAGAUCAAGCUCCACCCAUCGCUACGGUUGCGGACAGGGGCUCGCUUUCUCCUGUCGUAAUCCCGGCAGCUGCACCUACGGUGGCUGAAACCGGUGUUCCCGUACCUGCGAGUGCAACUGGUCCAGGCCCUGCUAGCGGCUCUCUUCGUGACAUACGCCGUGCCUCAGAUGCUGCGGGGCCACGAAGUGGCGGUCUUCCGGGCAACUCGCCAUCUGACGAUCUAUAUGGACAGUCACACGAGACUGCAGCAGAAGAAAAGAGUCGCCUUGAGCGUGAGGAGCGCGAGCGGGUAUCCGCGGCGGGGACAUCUGGACCCGCUACUUCUGAACACGAGUCUGCCGAGGAGGAGAAGCGCAGACUUGAGCGGGAAGAGAGGGAGCGUGUUCUUGCUAGCGCUGGCACUGACAGCGGAAAUGCACACAGUGAGGUCAAAGAGGGUGACGAGCUUCCCCCAUACAAGGACUUUGAAUAA